UCUAAAUGCUCUUGUUCCGAGUCAUAUUAUGGGUGAUCUUUGUUAGAACAAUAAUGGAGCAGCGAUUGUUUACGAAGUUAUUGAAACAAAAUUGGUUGGUUUUCCUCUGUGUUGCGUGUGUUGUGAAUUUUACUAACGGAAAUGGCGAGGCUUGCGGAACUAUUGACAGUGGAACUCAGUUAUUCUGCCCCAACAGCUACCACUGCUGUAGCGCGGCGCUACACUCCUGUUGUCAGGAAGGGUACAGUUGUCACGGCUCCAACUGUAUCAGCUUCAUCGCUGUAUUUGUGAUACCUAGUGUUGUCUCAUUUGUAAUUAUAGUCACAGUCAUCGCUAAACUCAUCAAGAAAAGAAAUGUAUUAAAUACACGUGUCUGUCGACCAGGACUCACGUCAGUGGAGUAUCCGGAAAAUCUCCCUGCUUGUAACUAUUGCCAACCAGAGUCGUGUUCUUUUCUUCAGUAUUUUUACUCAGCAGUAAAAACAGGAAUUAUGAAUUGUAGAAUAAAAAAUAUUUUUGGAAAAUAUACAAAACGAGUGUUAAACAAAGCCAGAUGGAUAAAUGCAAACAUCGAACAGUGUCAAAUUAAUUAAAGAGGAUUUGUUUGACCUGAUUGUGGCAGUUUUCCUUAGAUCUUACAUUAUUUUACUGUCAAAGUAUAGUUUACUUUAAUACAUAUAUUUCGAAAUAAA